AUGUAUGAAGGCCACACGGGUACCGUAAUAUCAACAAAAUUUCAAACUAUUCUUGAAGAAUGGGGCAUACACCUUGAAAGAGUGCAUUGCAUGGUCCGUGAUCGUGGAUCUAACAUGGUUAAAGCAAUGCAAUUGUCAGGCUUUGAGGAUGUCAAUUGUGCUAUACACCAGAUCCAACUUUGCAUUCGAGCAAGUGUUGAAUCUCAAGAAUGGCUCUUACAACUUACUACUAAAUUGAGAAAAAUUGUAACACAUUUCAACUAUUCUCUGGUUGCACAAGCUGAGCUAACAAAAAUUCAAAAGGAACGCCUAAAUCAAUCUGCAUUAUCCGUCAUUCAGGAUUGCCCUACACGUUGGCAAAUUCUAUAUGAUGGAACGGUUUGCGAAACUGAAAGAUUCGCUUGUCUUACAUCUAAGUGCUAA